CCCUUCUUUUUCCCCCCCUCGUGGCAACCGGCAGAUUUCCAGCCCGGCCCGGGAGGCUGCGUGCGGGGCGGGGGCUGCGGGGCCGGGCGGGGGCUGCGUGCGGGGCCGGGCGGCAUUUGAGCCCCCGGCAGCUCCUUGCUUCUUAUUUUUUCCUAUUUUUUUUCGUGUUUGGGGGCGGUUGUUUGGAAUAGGUGGGACGAAACCACUCCGAAACCACUCAGUUUCCUGGAAACUGUGUUUUCCCUGCCUUUGCCUGCGCCGUGCCGGGCGCGGGGGUGUGCGCGGCGGCGGGCGCUAUAAAUGCAGCGAGCGGCGGGGCCGGGCGGCGGGUGCUGACGGGCGGCUCUAUCGGCAUCAGGACACGGACCCCGACCCCGUGCAGGGCACCAUGGCCGAAGAUCUGGUGCUGGAGACGUGGGACCUGGAGUGCGAGCGCAAUGGGCGUGAGCACCGGACGGCAGAGCUGGGCUGCCAGCAGCUGGUGGUGCGGCGGGGACAGCCCUUCACCAUCACCCUGCGCUUCUCAGGCAGGGGCUACGACGAGGGGGUGGACAAACUGGCCUUCAACGUAGAGACAGGGCCCUGUCCCAUCGAGGCGUCAGGAACCAGAUCCCACUUUGCUGUGACUGACUUCCCCGAGGAGUCGGGCUGGAGUGCGGUGCUGCAGCAACAGGACGGCGACUCCCUGUCCGUGUCCCUCUGCUCCCCGGCCAGCGCCCGCGUCGGCCGCUACAGCCUGACACUGGAGACCUCCACAGGCUACCAGGGCACCAGCUGCCACAUCGGGCACUUCGUUCUGCUCUUCAACCCCUGGCACCCAGAGGACACGGUUUUCCUCCGAGAUGAGGACGAGCGCUCUGAGUACGUGCUGUCGCAGCAGGGGCUCAUCUACCAGGGCACCCGCGACUACAUCACCUCCACCCCCUGGAACUUCGGCCAGUUCGAGGAUGACAUCUUGUCCAUCUGCCUCAACCUCCUGGACACAAGCCCCAAAUUCUUGAGGGACCAGAACCAGGACUGCUCACGCCGCAAUGACCCCGUGUACAUCGGCAGGGUGGUGAGCGCCAUGGUUAACUGUAACGACGAGGACCGGGGGGUGCUGGCGGGGCGGUGGGACAACCAGUACGAAGAUGGGAUGAGCCCCAUGGCCUGGAUUGGGAGCGUAGAUAUCCUGAAGAGGUGGAAGAAGUUUGGGUGCCAGCCAGUCAAGUAUGGCCAGUGCUGGGUGUUUGCUGCCGUGGCGUGUACCGUCAUGCGGUGCCUGGGCAUCCCCAGCCGCGUCGUGACCAACUACAACUCGGCCCACGACACCAACGGCAACCUGGUCAUCGACCGCUACCUGAACGAGAGCGGGGCGCAGGACCAGCGCUCCAGGGACAUGAUCUGGAACUUCCACUGCUGGGUGGAAUCCUGGAUGGCCCGUCCAGACCUGGCACCCGGCUACGAUGGGUGGCAGGUGCUGGACCCGACACCCCAGGAGAAGAGCGAAGGGGUUUUCUGCUGCGGACCAGCUCCCGUCAGAGCCAUCAAGGAGGGUGACCUGCAGCUCAAGUAUGACACCCCCUUCGUCUUCGCGGAGGUGAAUGCUGACGUGGUGUACUGGGUGGUGCAGAGUGACGGGACGCAGAAGAAGAGCACCCACUCCUCGGUCGUGGGCAAGAACAUCAGCACCAAGAGCGUGGGCAGGGACAGCAGGGAGGACAUCACCCACACCUACAAGUACCCGGAGGGGUCUGAAAAAGAGAGAGAAGUGUUUGCGAAGGCAGAGCACGAGACAAGCUCCCUGAGGGAGGAGGAUGAGGGGCUGCACCUCAAGAUCAAGCUGUCGGAGGGUGCAAACAACGGCUGCGACUUCGACGUGUUCGCUGUCAUCACCAACAGCACGGCCGCGGAGCAUGUGUGCAGGCUGCGGCUGUGCGCCCGCACCGCCAGCUACAGCGGCACCGUGGGGCCCCAGUGCGGCAUGAAGGACCUGCUCAACCUCACCCUUGAGCCAGGGGCAGAGAAACGCGUGCCCCUGCGCAUCCUGUAUGAGAAGUAUGGGGAGAGCCUGACCCAAGACAACCUCAUCAAGGUGGUGGCUCUGCUGACUGACUACCAGACUGGGGAUAUCGUGGUGGCCAUCAGGGACAUCUACAUCAAGAAUCCAGAGAUCAGGAUCAGGAUUUUAGGGGAGCCGAUGCAGAAGCGGAAGCUGGUGGCAGAGAUCAGCCUGGUGAACCCCCUCAUGGUGCCCCUGAACAACUGCCUCUUCGUGGUGGAGGGUGCCGGCCUCACCGAGGGGCAGCAGAUCAAGGAGCUCGAGGAGCCCGUGGAGCCGCAGGCGGAGGCCAAGGUCCGUCUGGAGCUGGUGCCGCGCCAGGCCGGGCUGCGCAAGCUGAUGGUGGCCUUUGAGAGCGACAGGUUGCCGGGGGUGAAGGGCUACCGCAACGUCAUCAUCGCCCCGCAGCCCAAGUGAGCGGCCCCCCGCCACACACGCCCGCCCUGCUCGGGGCUCGCCGGCCCCCACUCGCUUCAGUCCCGGAUGGUGCCAGGGGAGCACGGAAGAACGACUGCCAGAGCCCGACCCGGCGGCCGUGGGGCCUGGGAGCUGCGGCCAGAGAAGCGACGGGAGAGGGGCUGGGGGCAGCCGGGGGGUCCCUGCAGCAGCUGCUGGCUUCGGUGCCAGGCUGAAGCGUCCCUCUUGUGCCUGUACCCCAGCCUGGGACCCCUGGAGCCCCCGAGCCCUGCAGCAGCAGCCCCCUCCUCUCCCUGCAGCGCUGACUGGCAGAUCCCGUACACCAAAGAGCAGAGCGACCUUCCCCAGCACUGGCUGCGCCCCAGCCCUGCACACGCUGCCCUACAGCUCUCUGAAUGCAAUUUGGUAGAUAAGAGAUCAUACACUGUGAGCACGAGGCUGUUUAUAUGCUAUAUACAUACACAACAAACCUAUUUAUGGCUCUAUAAACACACACUGCAUCUAACCCUGCUGCACAGGUCAGGCAGGGACUCGCUGUAACCACCAGCCCAGGCGCUGCAGACCGUGCAGUGAGGGAUGGGGCCUUGCCUCCAUGCAAAUUAACUAUGCAAGCACUGAAUAAAAACUCUGUUUUUCACUUUUCAA